UGGCGGCGGCAGCGGGCGGGGCUCGGCUCGGGCUCCGCGGGCGGGCGGGCGGACAUGGCGGCCAACAUGUACCGGGUCGGAGAUUAUGUCUACUUUGAGAAUUCCUCUAGCAAUCCGUACCUCAUCAGAAGGAUAGAAGAACUCAACAAGACUGCAACUGGCAACGUGGAAGCAAAAGUAGUGUGCUUUUAUAGACGACGAGAUAUUUCCAACACGCUUAUAAUGCUUGCAGACAAGCAUGCUAAAGAAAUUGAGGAAGAAUCUGAAACAACAAUUGAGGCUGACUUGACCGAUAAACAGAAACAUCAGUUGAAACAUAGGGAGCUCUUUUUGUCACGCCAAUACGAAUCUCUGCCUGCAACACAUAUCAGGGGGAAAUGCAGUGUUGCCCUUCUGAAUGAGACAGAGUCUGUAUUGUCAUAUCUUGAUAAAGAGGAUACUUUUUUCUACUCAUUGGUCUAUGAUCCCUCAGUGAAAACACUGUUAGCUGACAAAGGUGAAAUCAGAGUGGGACCUAGAUAUCAAGCAGACAUUCCAGAAAUGCUCUUAGAAGGAGAAUCAGAUGAGAGGGAACAGUCAAAAUUGGAAGUGAAAGUUUGGGACCCAAAUAGCCCACUUACAGAUCGACAGAUUGACCAAUUUUUAGUUGUAGCACGUGCUGUCGGGACAUUCGCUCGAGCCCUUGAUUGCAGCAGUUCUGUAAGGCAGCCUAGUUUGCAUAUGAGUGCAGCUGCAGCUUCUCGAGACAUCACCCUGUUUCAUGCUAUGGAUACGUUGUAUAGGCACAGCUAUGAUUUGAGCAGUGCAAUUAGUGUCUUAGUACCACUUGGGGGACCUGUUUUAUGCAGAGAUGAAAUGGAAGAAUGGUCGGCCUCUGAAGCUAGUUUAUUUGAAGAGGCACUGGAAAAAUAUGGCAAAGACUUCAACGACAUACGUCAAGACUUUCUCCCUUGGAAAUCAUUGACUAGCAUCAUUGAAUAUUAUUACAUGUGGAAAACUACUGACAGAUAUGUGCAGCAGAAACGUCUAAAAGCAGCAGAAGCUGAGAGUAAGCUGAAACAAGUGUAUAUCCCAACUUACAGCAAACCAAAUCCCAACCAAAUAUCCACCAGCAAUGGCAAACCUGGUGCCGUGAAUGGAGCCGUGGGAACCGCAUUCCAGCCGCAGAACCCUCUCCUAGGGCGAGCCUGUGAGAGCUGCUAUGCUACACAGUCUCAUCAGUGGUAUUCUUGGGGCCCACCUAAUAUGCAGUGUAGGUUAUGUGCAACCUGUUGGCUCUAUUGGAAAAAAUACGGAGGCCUGAAAAUGCCCACCCAGUCGGAAGAGGAGAAGUUACCUCCCAGCCCAGCUACAGAGGACCCUCGAGUUCGAAGUCAUAUGUCUCGCCAGGCCAUGCAGGGGAUGCCGGUCCGAAACACUGGGAGCCCAAAGUCUGCAGUGAAGACCCGUCAAGCUUUCUUCCUUCACACUACAUAUUUCACAAAAUUUGCUCGUCAGGUCUGCAAAAAUACCCUCCGGCUGCGGCAGGCAGCAAGACGGCCGUUUGUUCCUAUUAAUUAUGCUGCCAUUAGGGCAGAAUAUGCAGACAGACAUGCGGACCUAUCUGGAAGUCCACUGAAAAGCAAAAGCACUAGGAAACCUUUGGCAUGUAUCAUUGGGUAUUUAGAGAUCCAUCCUUCGAAGAAACCUAAUGUAAUUCGAUCUACACCAAGCCUACAAACCCCAGCUACCAAGCGGAUGCUAACCACCCCGAAUCACACGUCUCUGAGCAUUUUGGGGAAAAGAAACUACAGUCAUCACAAUGGCCUGGAUGUUGCUUUGAUGACAUUCCUAAUGCCAGCAAACCAAUUAUGUACCACAUUUGGCUGACUUGGCUAAACACCAGGUGGCUGUGAAGAGAGAAGGCCCUGAGAUCAGUGGGGAUAGAAGAGGCAUUACUUUCCAUGUCUGAGAGCCCAAAAGGGAGGGCAGCA